AUAAUGGAAAAUGAUAAUGAACCAAGAAAUAUUCGCUAUUCAAAAGCAGUUUCAGCAGUAGCUUUAGAGAGUGGUCUUAUUUAUCAUUUUUUGCAAAGUAUUUUUGCAUGUAUUGGAAUUACUAGUCAAAGUUGUAGAAAAAGUUAUUAUUUAUAUCAAGCACCAUUAUUUUCUUAUUUGGUCACAAAUGCUAAAGAAUCUACAACAUUCUG